AUGGCAUUGUCUAAUGGAACUUCAACUACCGCUUUGAUCACUCAAAGUGGCACAGCUUCCAUCCAACAUCGUGCCUCUUUGCCCAAUCCGUUUGAUCUCACUGAUGAUCAGAUCCUCGACAUUGUUUAUCUAGCCCACCUCAAUGAUGAUGAAUUUUGCGACACGGAUAAACUUUACAACCUUGUCUCCAACAUUGUCCUUCGGAGUCAAUCUCCGAUUUCUGCAAGCAGUUUCAAACCAGAAUUCGUCACACUGAAGCUGAUUUCUUGCCAGAUGAUAUCCACACGUAGUGCUGCGCACUGCGUACACCAGACAACAAUGUGGAUUCUUCAACAUCUGAAAUGCUAUUCCUGGGAUGCGAAAGCGCUGAUAACAAUAGCUGCUCUGUCUUUGGAGUAUGGGAGUUUCGUGCACCUUUCUCAGUUUCAAACAAACGAUGCGCUUGGAAACUCGUUGAGACAGCUGAAUCAAGUUCAGAACAGGAAUGUGUCUGCUGUUGGCGAACUUGUCACGUACACAGUGACAGUGUUUCAGCAAAUCAAAGAGUGGGCAAGGUAUGCUGCAGAUGGUUAUGAUCCAGAGGACGUGCCUGACUUGACAGAAGCCUUCCAAGCCAUCCUUGUUGUUGUAUACUGGACAAUUGCUGCCACUGUUGCUUCUACUGGCAACCUUGUCGGUGUAUCGAGCUAUAAGUUAUCAGAAUAUAGAAUCAGACUUGGCGCUGCUGUCGACAAAUUGACAACGCAUCUUGGAAAUUGCAGUGUGCAAAUAGGCAAUGUACGAGAUUACGUUACCAUCAGGAACAUCUUUGAUAGGCCUAAAGAUAUUGUGGACUUUUUGAAGGCUCUGAUCUACCCUCAACAAAAGGGGCCUGAGAAUCCCAAGAUAUUUCAAGGGAGCAACCUAGUUACAAAGGGCAUUGAAGUGUUCAGGCAGAAACAUGUGUUGCUCUUCACCUCGGGUCUGGACAGCGUUGAAGAUGAGAUUUCGCUUUUGAACUCAAUGUACGACAGACUGCAAGAAGAUCCAAAAGAAGCAAAAGGUUUCAAGAAAGAAGAUUUCAAGAUCUUGUGGAUCCCCAUUGUGGAGGGGUGGAACGAGGGCAAUAGGGAACAGUUCAAAGCUUUGAAGAGUGGCAUCAAAUUUUACGUGGUGGAAUACUUGUAUGAGUUACCAGGGCUGAAGAUAAUAAAAGAUAGAGAGAGGUUGAAUUAUGAGAAUCAGCCAAUCGCCCCGUUGUUGAGCCCCAAAGGUACCAUAAUGAAUGAAAACGCCCUGGAAGUGAUCUUUGAAUGGGGGAUAGAGGCCUUCCCUUUCAGGAAAAUUGAUGGCGAAGAACUUACUCUAAAAUGGAAGUGGCUUUGGGAUUUAAUCUUAAAAGCAACACCUGGACUACAGGUUAAGGAGAACAGAUACACCUUUAUCUAUGGAGGUACCAACAGUGCGUGGAUCCAAAACUUCACACAUGAACUGUCAAAGAUAAAAAUGAAUGAGAGUAUCCAGCGUGCGGAUAUUAUAAUAGAGUACUACCAACUGGGGAAGGGGAAGAGUGAACCCAACAACAGUGUUCCCAGUUUCUGGAUUGGCGUGGAAAGGAAGAAGCAGAACAAGAAACACCAAGAGGCUGUGGACUGCGAGAUUCAAAAAAUUGUCAAGUGCUUAUUCUGCCUCAAACGAGACCCACAAGGAUGGGCAAUUCUGAGCAAAGGGCAUAACAUUAAGCACCUUUGUCAUGGGCAGGCUGUGUACCAGACUGUGGCUGAGUUUCAAAAUUGGAAAGGGAAAGUAUUCGAGAGAGAAGGAUUUGACAUUGCCUUCAAGGAGUACUAUGAUGCCAAGGAGAAAGAGAUAUCUGCUACUCAACCAUGUGAGGCCUACACUUCAACUUCAAGUGUUAUAGCUACCAUCACUUGUCCCAACCCCACUUGUGGCCGUGUCAUGGAGGUGUCUUCUGUUAAUUACAAGUGCUGCCAUCGUGAUGAUGCUUUAAGUUGUUGA